CCUCCCUCCCCUUCCCCCCCCCCCCCCACCCCCUCCUUUCUCACUCCGCGGCCAUUACAUCGGUUUCUCCAAGGAUCAAAGAUGGCAGCACUCAAGGCGUCGUUCCCGGGGGAGCUGGGUGCCGUCUCCUUCCUGGACUCCAACAGGGGACCUUUCGGCCAGCUCAAAGUGGAUUUUACAUUUCAAAGGAAGGGCAAAAGAGCGAUUUCACUUAGAAGGACAUGCUGUUCUAUGCAACAGGCUAUACCUCCAGCUUGGCCUGGGCGAGCUGUCGCUGAGCCUGGCCGGAGGUCAUGGGAUGGCCCAAAGCCUAUCUCGAUUGUUGGGUCAACUGGUUCCAUAGGAACACAGACAUUGGACAUAGUUGCGGAAAAUCCUGAUAAGUUCCGAGUUGUUGCUCUUGCUGCUGGUUCCAAUGUAACUCUUCUAGCUGAUCAGGUGAAAACAUUCAAACCGAAGUUGGUUGCUGUAAGAAAUGAGUCAUUAGUUGAUGAGCUAAAGGAAGCCUUAGCUGAUUGUGAAGAGAAGCCAGAAAUCAUUCCUGGGGAGCAAGGUGUCAUAGAGGUCGCUCGCCACCCAGAUGCUGUUACAGUUGUCACCGGGAUAGUAGGGUGCGCAGGGCUGAAGCCUACAGUUGCUGCAAUCGAAGCUGGGAAAGACAUAGCAUUGGCAAACAAAGAGACACUUAUUGCAGGUGGUCCUUUCGUGCUUCCCCUUGCACACAAACAUAAAGUGAAAAUACUUCCUGCUGAUUCUGAACAUUCUGCAAUAUUUCAGUGUAUACAAGGCUUGCCUGAAGGAGCACUUCGGCGCAUUAUUCUGACUGCAUCAGGUGGUGCUUUCAGGGACUGGCCAGUUGACAGGCUGAAAGAAGUAAAAGUUGCUGAUGCUUUAAAGCACCCAAACUGGAAUAUGGGGAAGAAGAUCACAGUAGAUUCUGCUACUUUAUUCAAUAAGGGUUUAGAAGUUAUUGAAGCACAUUAUUUAUUUGGUGCUGAAUACGAUGACAUUGAGAUAGUGAUUCACCCACAGUCUAUCAUACACUCUAUGGUUGAAACCCAGGAUUCAUCUGUCUUGGCUCAAUUGGGAUGGCCUGAUAUGCGGAUACCAAUCUUAUACACCUUAUCUUGGCCAGACAGAAUCUAUUGCUCCGAGGUCACCUGGCCCCGACUAGAUCUUUGCAAGUUGGGUUCACUGACGUUCAAAGCUCCUGAUAAUGUGAAAUACCCAUCGAUGGAUCUCGCCUACGCAGCUGGGCGAGCUGGGGGCACUAUGACAGGAGUUCUGAGCGCUGCUAAUGAGAAGGCUGUGGAGUUGUUCAUCGAUGAAAAGAUUAGCUACCUGGACAUCUUCAAGGUGGUGGAGCUUACAUGUGACACGCAUCGGAACGAGCUGGUAUCGAGCCCAUCGCUUGAGGAGAUCAUUCAUUACGAUCUGUGGGCGAGGGAGUACGCAGCCAGCCUACAACCAUCAGUUGGCCGGAGCCCUGUCCCUGCAUAAGUAGAUAGACAUAUAUGCGUGCAUAUGCCUCGAGCUUGCCUGCCAUGACCAUGGUGUACCAAUGGGCGCUCUAGGAAAUCACGUAUGGGCGACGUGUACACUAGUCCGAUUUCCAUGGUCAUCUGGUCAUUCUGGAGCUGGAUGAAGAAUUAGGGGCCAUCUAGGCUGCAUUCCUGAAUGUGAAUCAUGUCUUCACAUGAAUAAGUUGCAUAUGUUCCAUAUAAAUGUUGAUGGUUACGUGUGAAAAGUUCAGGCAGAAAGAUUUAGAUGCAUCCCUUCCAGUGUCGUGUUGAACUGAACAUCGUUAUGAAGUAUGGGGCGUGUUUGGUUGUCUGCAUUUGGGCUUUGUACGUGUGUAUAUUUUCAUAGAGAAGUUUGUUUAGUUGUUUGCAUGUACUAUUUCUUCAUGUAUCUAUAUAUGCAAUUAUACGGUUGGAGUC